AUGAUAAGAUUAAAUCAAUCUAUCAAUCUAACUAAAAGAUUGAUAUCUUCAUCAUCAGUAUCAUCGUCAGUGUCAACAAAGUUUAGUGGAAGUGGUCUAAGUCAAUCAUAUGUUAGAGACACAAACAUUCAAUAUGAAUAUAAUAUAGAUAAUAGAAUAGUAAAGAAUAAUAAUAAUAAUAAUAAUAAUAAUAACAUACUCAAAUCAAAUACACCAUUAUACAUUGACAGAAAUACAAUUAAAUCAACAACUAAAUAUAAUUAUUCUUCAAAAAAGGGAGGACCUAUAAAUAAACAAGGAGUAGGUAAUGAAAGAGUAGCAUUAUCAUUGGUAUCGGUACAAAAGAAAUUAGAGGAUGGUAGAGUAUUGUUAAAGGAGACUUCAUUGUCAUUUUUCGAUGGAUCAAAGAUUGGUUUAUUGGGAAGUAACGGUAGUGGAAAGAGUACGUUGAUGAAGAUUCUGGCUGGUGAAGAUACAGAGAUUGAUGGAGAGGUGUUGAUUACCAAAGGACUGUCAAUUGGCUAUUUGGCACAGGAACCAGAGUUGGAUCAUGACAAGGACGUUGAAGGAAACAUUUUUGAUGGUCUAUCAGAGGAAAAGGCAAUCUUGGACGAAUAUGAUGAAAUCACUGAUCGUUUGGAUGAAGAAGAGUUGAGUGACGCCGAGAGAAAAAAGUUAUUGGUCGACCACAAAAGAUUACAAAACAAGAUUGACAAGGAAAAGUUGUGGGAUUUAAAGAGAAAGAUUGCCAUUUCGAUCGAUGCACUCAACUGUCCGCCAGGUGACAGCUCAGUCGAUACAUUGUCGGGUGGUGAGCGUCGUCGUGUCGCAUUGGCACGUUUGUUGAUUGCUAACCCCGAUAUCCUCUUGCUUGACGAACCAACGAAUCAUUUGGAUGCUGAGAGUGUCGCAUGGUUGGAGCGAUUCCUCAAAGAGUAUCGUGGAACCGUCGUUGCGAUUACUCACGACCGUUACUUUUUGGAUAAUGUCGCUGGUUGGAUUUUGGAGGUGGAUCGCGGUAGUUUGAUCCCGUUCAAGGGCAACUACUCGGCAUGGUUGGCACAAAAAGAGUCGCGUCUGGUGGCCGAGACGAAAAAAGAAGAGGCACGUAAAAAGGCACUCAAACGUGAACUCGAGUAUCUCAGACAGGGUGCCAAGGCACAGACUAAAAAGAAUAACGCGCGUAUCACAAAGUACAACGAGUUGGUGAGCUCUGCACCGGAAAAGUAUCGUGAACCUGGACGUAUUGCCAUCCCCCCAUGUCCGCGUCUCGGUAACUUGGUGAUAGAGGCCAAGGGACUGACACACGAAUUCGACGGACGCACAUUGUUUGAAAACUUAUCGUUCAACGUCCCACCUGGCUCAAUCGUCGGUAUUAUCGGACCCAACGGUAGUGGAAAGUCUACACUAUUCCGUCUGUUGACGGGUGACCUCAAGCCAGAGACAGGAACCAUCAAGAUUGGUGAGACUGUUCGAAUGGGUCAUGUUGCACAAUCACGUGCAUCGCUCGAAGACGGCCGCACCAUCUUUGAGGAGGUGGCCGAUGGCAGCGACUAUAUAUCAAUGGGUGGUUACCAAGUACACGUCCGUGAAUACUUGUCACAAUUCAACUUUAAGGGUGUCGAGCAAGACAAGUAUAUCGGAUCGCUCUCUGGAGGUGAGAGAAACAGAGUUCACAUUGCCAAGAUGAUCAAACGUGGUUGCAACGUACUAUUGUUGGAUGAACCAACCAAUGAUCUCGAUGUAGACGUACUUCGUAACCUCGAGAACUCAUUAGAGGAUUUCCCAGGCUGCGCAGUCGUUAUUAGUCACGACCGUUACUUUUUAGAUCGUCUCUGUACGCAUAUCAUCGCAUUUGAAGGUGGUUCCAAAGUACAUGUUUUCGAAGGUAAUUACACUGAAUACGAUGAAGAUCGUACUCGUCGUUAUGGUAAAAGAUCAGAUGCUUCAUCAAAGAAAUUUAAAAGAAUUCUUUAA